AUGGAUCCAGAGACGCCUCCGUCGUCUAGCUCUUCGCGAAAAGUACCACGUAUUAAGGUAGAAGUGGCACGUCCAGCGGGUGAUCCUGGCGAGAAAAGGAAGAGUCUACGCUUAAGAGCAAGACGUUCAAAAAGCGUCGGAGGACUCUCACAGACUGACGACUCGCCCAGUGACGAUGGCACGACUGACGAUGCAGCAUUAGUAUCACCAAGGAUAUUUCGAAGGACGAAUGUUAAAAAAGAGAGUUUUGAUGAUUUCAUAAAACGGAGACGAAAUGUACUUGAAAAGGAACGAUCAACAAUAUCGCUAUACACCUCGCCUAUACUCGUAUUGACGUACUUUCUGGCGUACAUUUGGCAUCAAACGAAAGAAAUUGUAUCAUAUGCAAGAUCGCGAAAGUGGAUAUUGACAUCGGUGCCCGCUUUGAUUUUAUUUUUGAAAUUACUCAUGCUAGUCGAGGGUGUUCAUCAAGUGGUUAUCCAUAAUGUUCAAUCGCUAAUUCUGUGGUACGUCUAUUGGAUCGGUCUGGGCAUUGCAUCUUCGGUAGGGCUCGGAACUGGAUUGCACACAUUCGUACUGUUUCUUGGACCACAUAUUGCCGAAGUGACUUGGGUUGCAUAUACUUGUGGUAAUCUGGAUUUUGACACUCAAGGACCUGAUAGAUUUCGAUGCAAAUCAGAAACUGUCGACUUGGGAUCGGUGACCUUAUGGCGUAUAUUCCGAAGAGUCCAAUGGGAGUCAUUCUUCUGGGGACUAGGAACAGCAAUUGGUGAACUACCACCAUAUUUUGUGGCUAGAGCCGCUGCAUUAUCUGGAAGUCGUAGUGAAGAGCUUGCAACCAUUGACAAAAUAAUGGAACAGGAUCCGGACAGUAUUUCGUACAAGGAAAGGGUGCUAGUUUAUAUCAAUAGAUUGAUGCAAAGAUUGGGAUUCUGGGGAAUCUUUCUAUUUGCUUCAAUACCCAACCCGCUGUUUGAUUUGGCUGGAAUUAUAUGUGGCCAAUUCCUGGUUCCGUUUUCUACCUUUUUUGGCGCUACGUUUCUUGGCAAAGCCGUUGUUAAAUCCACAAUACAAACUACGAUAGUCAUACUGUUAUUCUCCCAGAACACCCUUGAUGCCUUACUUGAAACAACAAAACUACAUUUUCCUUAUUUACACGAUAGGUUGGAGAAAGCGGUUGAGAAACAGUUAAGGAUUCUACGUCGAUCAGAAGGCGUCGAAGCUCCAGAUGAUGGAUUGGUAAAUAUUACAUCUGUUUGA